AACUAAAUUCUGUGUGGCUGAGAGCGCACACAAACAGGCCCGUGGCACAUCCACAGCUCGCCACAUCCCUUCUCCUCAGGACCUCAGCACUGGAGUGGCCCUGGCUGCCAUGGUGACCUGUUCUUAUCCCGACAAAGAGGCCGAACAAAUUGGCUUGAACGAAUACAAUCUCAGCCCCGCACUCUUCUCCUUCACUCCUCCUUUGACACACAGAAGAGCUGCCGCCUCCUUCACGAGAGGUUUGCUGUGCGUCAGCGACCUGAAUAGCGUUGGGACUUUCCACAGCUGAUGUAAAGUUUGGGGUUUCCGCGAAAGGCUGAAAUCACAACUCGGAUUCGACUAUCAUAAAAACUGCAAAUUUAUUCUGGUGACAAAGACACAGUUGCAGCUGAGCUUUGGGAGAUAUGUGACAACAGUAAAAGCAUUUCCAAUGCCUGGAACAGAGCAGCUUUUGUUACUGUGCAGUUUAUGUCAGGUGGCUUUACUGACCUGUGAGCUACGCCUGCAACCUGUUGAGGUUGAGGUGGUUUUUGCGCCCUUCCCCUCCAAACAAGACCCGGAUGGCUACACGGUCACAUGCAGAUCUGCCGGGAACCCUCUGAUGAAAACGAAGCGUAUUGAUCGCUCAGCGUGCUCACCUGACUGCAGGAUAUUAUUCCACCUGACUGAAGACCGAAGGGGACAUCACGUCAUACUGAGAGCCAGCAAGAAUGAGUCAAUGCUUGAAGAGAAGACCUUUCACUUUACUCCAGUGUCCCGGUCCUCCUUUCAUGCCGUCAGCACCACCACUACUGCCCAGCUGACAUGGAACCUCCACCAGCUGCAGAGUGUAUCCACCCUGACUCUUUACGACACACACUCACAAUCUGUCGCGCACGUCUUCCACCUGAGCUCCUCAGAGACCAAGUCCCGGUACACGAUGAAAGGUCUUCAACCUGGCACAAACUUCAAGGUUGAUGUAAAAGUGGCUUCUUUCUUCACAAACCCUGAGCUCAGCUUGAAGCAGAAACUCCAUAUAUUUCUGGAAACAGCCCAGUGUCCACACGGCUGGUUGGCCAGUGGGAGAAGCUGCUACAGUGUGAGGAGGUCAGGUCUGAGCUGGAGCCACGCUCAGCACAGCUGCACCGGCCUGAUGACCGGAGGCCACCUGGCUGACCUGAAAACUGCAGAGGAUCUGCUGUUUGUGUCGUCUCACCUCCUGACUGAAGACAACCUGCUGCUGCUGUGGACAGGACUUAACGAUCAGCAGGACGAAGGCCACGCUCUCUGGUCUGAUGGUUCACCGUAUAAUCAAACCAACGCUUUAAUGACUCUGCUGCCAGAGAAUCAUACGGACUGUUUCGCCUUCCAGAGGAAGGCCAUGAGACCAGGAUACUUCCUUACUCCGUUCUUCUGCGACAUCCCCUUACCUUUCAUCUGCCAAUACACCAUCCCGUCAGCUGCUGCAUCAUUUUCAUUUGACCUGGUUCAGGUGACAGACCAACAGGUGGAGCUUCGCUGGGGUGACUUUUCACCUUUCCUCAAUCUUUCAUCCUUUGAAAUACUCCUCCAGUAUCAAGAAAGAGAAAAUGGCAAGCUGGGUGGUUCUGUAACAGAUGGAUGCAGGGAGUCGGAGGACAAAAAGAGAACAAAGACAAUUUUCAGAAGAACUACAAGGGUCCCUAUUUCUCUCUCCUCUAGAGGAGUAACUGUGGCAGGUUUGUCUCCGGGGAGCAUCUACACUUUCACUCUUCAAGCUUCUCGUCCUGCUGGCCCCAGCUGGAGCCUGGGACAAACUCAAACUGCGUACAUGAGACCUUUUCCUCCACAGAACAUCACUGUUGGCACCGUUAGAGCCAGUCACAUUAGUGUCCACUGGAAGCUGCCAGAUGCACAGUGUGUGAACGAAUGGACGUUUGCUGUUCUCUGCAAAGACGUGUCUUCAAGACAGGAGAGCGUCGUUACCGACAUCUCCAGGGUGUCUGACAGGAAGCAGUUGUACAGCGCUGUGAUCGGAGGACUUGAGUCUCACAGGAAAUACAGGGUUGAGGUGUUCACAGUGACUCGGUUUGGUGUAUGGAGCUGCAGACAGGAGCCUCUGACUGUACAGACAGCGGUGAAGCCCCCCUCUGACUUGCUGGUGCUGAGCACAAAGGGAAACCUGACGGUCUGCUGGAUCAGUCCACCUGAUGAUCAUCCAGAUGGUUACUAUAUCACGUCCCAGUCUCUCGGUAAUCCCACCGUUUCCUCACAAUGGAUGAACGCCUCCAGCUCCGGUGAACUCUGGACAAACACAUCCAUCUGUGUGAACAUGGGCCCAUUUAUUCCUGGUCACACAUAUGAUGUAGCGGUUGUUGCUUUGAGGGGAAACGACAGGAGCGAGGAGUCCAGGAUCACACACACCACAGCUCCUCUGCCCGUGCAGGUCACAGUCCCGCUUUCAGUGGGCCCAAACUUCACUCAGCUGUACGUUCAGCCUCCUACGAUGGGUGUGGUGGACGGGGUGGAGGUGUGUGUGUGUCCUGGCGUUUGCAGCCGUGUGUGCGUGGGAUCGUGUGGAUAUAGGUGUGACUGGCAUUCGCUUCCCGCUGGAGUUAAGACCAUAACCGUCAGACAUCUCAGUCCAGGAUCACAGUACCAGCUCAGUGUGUACAGCACCAGUGGGGGGCAGACCGGACCACCGUACUACACCCAUCCCUUCAGAACAGGUCUGGCUCCACCGAGCGGACUGAGGGAAGGAGUGGUGACGGAGUCAUCCAUCCAGCUGCUUUGGGAUCCAGCAGAAGGUCAAGCUCACGGCUACGAGGUCAUCUGCCUCAACUGUGAUCAAACACUCAGGGUGCAGAAGGUGCUCAGUCAGAGCGCCGUGUUUUCUGCCCUGACUCCUGGCUCACUUUAUCACUUUGCCGUACGGACAGAGAAGGAGUCAUACGCUGACAGUUCGCCCGUCUUGAUCAAUAUCACUGCAGCCCCCGUCUCUCUGGAGGUCUCGCUUGUCAAUAAAACAACAUCAUCCAUAUGCAUUAGCUGGAGUGCAGCCAGAGGACUGGUGAGCUCGCUCAUCCUGUCCAUCAAAAACAGAACGUCCGUUCAGGAGCUCAUCGUUACUCAUCAGGAGCCCAGAUCACACACCUUCAAAGGCCUUGAUCCUGGAACUCAGUACACUGUUGAAGUGGUUACAACCAGUGGGGAGAGGAGCAGUAAACCUGCUGCUCUGACCCUUUAUACUGAACCAGCAACGCCACAGGAAGUGGCUCUUUCAGAGCAGCCAGAAACAUCCGUAUUCAUCACCUGGAGAGCUCCACCAGGACAGGUAGAGAAGUACAAGCUUCUUUUCGGGCUGCUCUCCACAAACAGGAAGUCGUGGAUUGAGAUGUUUGUCGAGAGCACGAGCUACGAGAUCAGGGAACUGAUCCCGGGGUCGGACUAUGGCGUCAGCAUUCAGAGCGUUCUGGGAUCAGACGCCAGUCGGGCGGCCAACAGAGAGUUCAGCAUGCGCCCAGCAGGAUUGUGCUGCCUCCGUGUAAAUAAAGUCAACUCCUCGUCUGUCACUGUCGGCUGGAACGGCGCUCCUGGAGAGUUCGACCACCACAGAGUCACCGUGGCCGACGCCUCCGUCACAAAAACACUCAUCGUACCCAAAGAGGAGCGGGCUGCCGUGAUUACGGGCCUGCGGGAUGGCUGCCGCUACAACGUGAGCGCCGGGAGAGUGAGAGGCACGACGUCAGGAGGUGCUGCCACUCUGACUGUAAACACAGCGCUGAACCCCGUGAGCGCCUUGCAGUUUGUGAACGUAUCCACACGUGCGUUCUCACUCCGAUGGCGGCGGGCAGAAGGCUGUGUGGACCGUUACCAAGUGCACCUGCAACCAAACGAGGGGAAGGUCCUAAUUCAGCCUGCGCAAGAUGGAUAUGUUCAGUUCCUGGUCCUCCUGUAAUCCUUGAAGGGGAAGCUGUCGGUUCUAAUGGGAUAUUGCUAUCCUGGACCAUGCCGACUGAUGCACACAACAUUGAAGGAUAUGUCAUCAGGUACAAGGAGAUGUGCCCAUACCCCAAAACCUAUUUCUCAGAAAUGGAAAUAAACCUAGCCAUACCAGAAACUCUGCUUACUGUCUUCACCUCUGGUUCCACAUAUCAAAUUCAGGUAGCAGCUAAAUCACCAGUGGGAAGAGGAGCCUUCAGCAAACCUAUAUACAUAAAAACUAAUGAGUCACCCCCCGGCCUGGUGACCAAUCUGACAGCGUACGCUCAGAACCACACCUUCGUCGUGGUCACCUGGUACCUGCCGCAGCGCAUCAACGGCCUCAUCACAAAGUUCGCAGUCAAGACGAAAAACGUUCGUACGUCGCAGACGGUCCGCGUCAUGGAGGUCAACGCAGACGAAAUCAUGACCAUAGCUCUGCCUCACUGCAACGACGCGGCUGAAAUCCUGUCACGUGCAACUCCUAGUCCCUUGGAGAUAACAGCAUCGUCUCCGUCCAUCACCCUCUCCGCCAUCCCCCCUGCAGCCUCCUGGAGUGUCCCCAUUUCUGUGGGGGUCGAUAAGCUGCGACCUUACACUGCUUAUCUGUUCGAGGUGUCAGCCUUCACCUCGGACGGAGAGGGACAGAUAGCUUCUACCAUGGUUCGGAUGCCAGAAUCAGCUCCAGAAGAUCCACCACAAAACCUCGCUGUGCCAAAUAUGACGUCAAGAGCAAUUUCUGUGUCGUGGAACCCUCCCAGUAUUAUCACUGGAAAGUUCAGCUACGUGCUUUACCUUGAUGGACCUACAGGUUUUCUGUAUGAGAACUCCACAGUGGACAUGCGUUUUGUUUUCACUGCUUUGACUCCUUACACGAGGUAUAACAUAUCCAUCCGAGCAAAAGCAGCAGGAGAGCUGGGUCCAGCUGCGUGGAGAGUUGCAAUCACACCAUCUGAGGCACCCAGUGCAGUGCAGAGCUUGAAGGCGGAGGCCGAAGACUCUGUUUCCAUUCGUGUGAGUUGGAGAAGCCCUGCCCAGCCCAACGGUCCCAUAAUCCAGUACAGGCUGCAGGUCUUGGUGGACCACAUGCUGCUGCAGGUCAUCACCCUCGCAUCGGAGAACACAACCUCUUUAUAUCAGAAUGGGACACUUCCUCCUUUUGUUUCCACGAACCUGACGCAAAUUCGAAGUAAGAGAUCGGCUGAGCUCAACGCGACCACAUCUCCGCCGAUCUUCACAGCCACCAUUGCUCCCCGCACGCUGCCCGCCGACACGACCGCUUCCAUCUCCACGCGCUCAGCCGGCAGUAGCACUGAUCGUGUCACUGACACCGACGCUCCGCCAACCCACCUCACUGUGACCGUCGGCAAGUCCAGCACACGCUUCGAGUCACAAACUCCCGGCGACUCUCGAUCUUCCGCCAGCGCGGGGAGCGCCGCGUUCACCGCCACGUCCACGCCACCCGCUACGCUUCCACCCUGGCUGACUGAGCAGUCCCACACAAACGCCUCCACCUCAGCCCUGACUCCGGGCCAGCCGCGCCUGUCUACACGGGUCGCUUCAGUUACAGCACACGUUUCAACGCUCAGCUCCGCCGUGUCUGGAACUCCAGGCGUAACAGUGAAGCAGGAGGUGGUGGACGUCUUGUCUGAGAAGUUGUCUUACCUGGUGUCAGAUCUGAACCCCUUCACUGAGUACAGAUUCAGAGUCACCGCUUCCACCACUGCAGGAGAAGGACCUGCUACAGAUAUUACUGAGAAGACCAGUGAACAGGUCCCCAGUGCAGUGCUUGAAGUGGCCUAUCAAAACAUCAGCUCCACCUCCAUACGUGUGAGCUGGCUCCCACCACUCAGUCCUAAUGGAUGGAUCACACAUUACACCGUUUAUGGCCUUAAUCUGCGCACUAAUCGAGCCCGGAAAUGGGAAACGAACAAUACCAACAUAAUAAUAUCAGAACUGGACAAGUAUACUGCCUAUAAGCUUCGUGUCGCUGCAUCGACAGCUGUGGGAGAGAGCGCGCUGUCGGAGGAGGAUGACGUUUUUGUUCACACUUUAGAGGACGAGCCUGACUCCCCUCCUGAAAAUCUCACGGUUGUGGACACCAGCGCCUCGACGGCCACUCUGACCUGGUCUGCCCCAGAGAAGGCUAAUGGAGUGAUCCAGUUCUACGAGGUCUCGUAUGAAAACGAGUCCUUCUCUGCGCUGGUGAACACCACGUCCAACAGAGUCACUCUGAUGGAGCUGAAGCCGUUCUCCUACUACAACGUGUCUGUGAGGGCGUACACGCGGUACGGCAACGGCAACCAGACAUCAGACGCUUUGCUCCUUCUGUCUGGAGAAGAUGUUCCAGGCAGUCCCCCGUUUGGACUCUCCUACGAGUCGGUGAGUCCCAGCGAGGUGAACGUGACGUGGCGUCCUCCUCUGCUGCCCAACGGCGUCAUCACCCACUACAGCCUGGACCUCUGGAACUCCACGCACCACGUGAACCUCACCUCGCCGGGCAGCUUCAUCCUCAUCACGCACCUGAGGAAGUACACGCAGUACCGCGUCGUGGUUCAGGCGCACACCCGAGCCGGGCCGGGAAACCACAGCAGCGAGCCGCUCAACAUCACCACACUAGAGGAUGCUCCAGACACUCCCCCUCAGUUCCUCAAAGCCAGGAAGUUGUCAGAUUAUGAGGUAGAGUUGUCAUGGGAACCACCGCGUAAUCCGAAUUCAGACAUCCUCUACUACAUUGUCAGAGUUUGGAAUAAAACGAGUGAGCUGUGGCAGAAUGUGACACAAACGUCUGUGGUUAUUAAUGUGGACUCUGAGAGUCGCUACAAUGCCUCUGUCUCCAGCUGGACCCGACUGGGAGAUGGAGGAGUGCUGAUCUAUAUCAGCUUUACCACCAGUGAAGCCGAGCCAUUCGAUCCCCCGCAGAAUGUGACUUUUGUAAAUGUGACUGCUUCCUCUGUCACCUUGAUGUGGCUUCCACCUACUGAGCCUAAUGGGAUUAUUGUGCUCUACACUAUUUACAUCACUGAAAACAACACUAUGGCAGAAAAGAAAAUUCCUGUUUCAGAUUUACCUGCCCACACCCAUCCUGAUUCGCCCUUCAUUUACACUCUGACUCACCUGAUUGGGGGCAGUAACUACACUAUAUGGAUGACUUCAAGCACUGUACAGGGUGACGGAGGGGUCCAGUCUGAGCCAAUAAUCGUGCUUCUGCCAGAGGAUGUGCCGAGCGACCCGGUAUCAAACCUGACAGCUCAGAUCUUCAGCUCAACGGCCAUCAUCGUGAGCUGGGAUCCCCCGAUGGAACCAAAUGGUCGGCCCUACUACAUCCUCACCUUACAGGAAGCUGGCAUAUUCCCAAACAGCACCAGCCCGGGAACGUCAGCUGUCAAUAAAACCAUCAAACACACCACAACCGAUAAUGUCUUCCUGUUUACCAAGCUCAGGAAGUAUUUCCCAUAUGUGCUGACUGUUACACCGGCAACCGGGGCCGGUCCUGCCUACAACCAAACCAGGAUGAUGCACCUGAGAACAGAUGAUGACAUUCCCAGCUCUCCUCCACUUUUAGUGUCGGCUAGAAACCUGUCCAUGUCCUCCAUCGCGGUGGUCUGGCAGCGUCCUCUAGAGGCCAAUGGAGAAAUAACUGAGUACACGCUGACACUGUCUGGCCCCGGGGGCUCCAACACAACCCAGACCCCCAACACCUCAGUCACCCUCUCCGGCCUGCUCUCGUACACGGCCUACAAUCUCACGGUUGCAGCUGCGACGCGUAAAGGGGCGGGGCCCAGCCUGCUCGUGCAGCUUCAUACUGACGAAGGGGGCCCCACGUCUCCCCCACUUAACCUGACUAUAUUUAACCACACGGCAGUAUCCGUGUGGCUGAGCUGGGAGCCUCCUCUGGAGCCCAAUGGAGUGGUGAUAAAGUACGGAUUCCGGAUCCGAGACCUCAUCACAGAAACCGUCACACAUCGGAAUUCCUCUGGUCCGUCGACCGUGGAGCACCUGUCAGGCUUUCGGCCCCACAGCUCCUAUGAGAUCAGUGUGUACAGUUACACCAGAGUGGGCCACGGGAAUCAAUUCAGCCGCCCUGUGACCUUCACAACUAACGAGUCAGUGUCUGAAGCUGUGGGAAACCUGUCCUGCUCUGGAGUGAGCUGGGAUUCAAUUGAGCUGUCUUGGGACACUCCAGCCAACCCCAACGGACAGAUUCUGUUUUACGAGAUCAUAAUCGAAGCUGAACUGCAGAUCUCCACACACCAGACCCACACACCUGGAUACACGCUGACGGGGCUGUCACCAGAGCAGCGUUAUGCAUUUGUAAUAGCCGCAGUCAACUCUGCCGGAGCAGGAGACGAGGUGAACUGCACGGCUUCCACUCUUUCUGAAUCAGUUCCAGCUGCCCCUCGCUUCCUCAGCGUCUCUGAGAUCACCUCGAGCAAUCUGAGCCUUGAGUGGGCUCCGCCGCUGUCCGUUCCGGGCCUGCUGAAGGAGUACCGCGUCGUCGCGCAGCUGCUUUCCACCGAUUGUGGUCCAAACACGCAGCCGACUCCGGAGGCCGGUCUUGCCCCGCGCUGCGUGGACAACGACUUCACGGUGUCAGUGAAUGCCUCGGACAGCACCGGAGGAGGCAGCGUCACUCUUCAGUCCCUGGCCAAAUACAGAAACUAUCGCUUCAAAGUGGCUGCUGUGACCAACGCUGGAGUUGGAGAAUACACGCACUGGAUAUAUGCAACGACUCUGGCUGGAAAUCCCGACUCGCCUCCCCGUAACCUGAACGUGACCUCCACCUCCACCAGCCUUCGCAUCACGUGGGAAGCUCCGGCUGUUAUCUCGGGACCGACUUCCUAUUUUGUGCAGGUGGACGGGCCUGGUGUGAACUUCUCUGCAGUGCGAGCUCCAGGAGAGCUGAUGGCUGUUGUUGUGACCAACCUGAUGGCGUUCACCCGCUACACCAUUACCAUCACCGCCUUUACUGCUUCGUUAGAGGAUGGGAAGGCUGUUGGGCCUACUGUUUUCCAAACACUGGAGGAAGAGCCAAAAGACCCUCCCAAGAACGUGACCGUCUCUGUUAUCCCAGAGGAAGUGAACCUGGUGAGGGUGAGCUUCAGUCCUCCUGAAGAACCCAAUGGAAACAUCACCGCAUAUUACCUGUUUGUGUAUGAGAAGGACCAGCUGGUUAAAAAUAUCAGCCUUGACAACGUCCACGGUGAACCCCACAUGGUGGUCGCUUUCAUAGAGGGCCUCAAAGGAGGGCACACUUACAGCAUACAGAUUGCGGCAAAGAACGGUGCAGGCAGGAGCCCGCUCAGCCCACAUGUCCAGAUCACUACAGGGAUUAAAGCUCCGUCCAAGCCGACCCAAAAACCCCAAGCAGCGCUGGGCCAUGGAGGGGUUGCCAUGGUAACCCACAGGAGCAUAACCAUCCACAUGCCUGCCUGUUUCUAUAGUGACGAUAACGGGCCAAUCACAAAAAUCCAGGUCAUCGUGGCCGAGUCAGGGGUGCGAGACAGCGAGAACCUGACCGAUUGGAGGGAGGCGUUUUUCCAUCGUCCCGCUCCGUACUUCACCGACUCGGGGUUCCCCAACCCUCCGUGUUUGUCCAGGGACGAGGCGUCGCGUAUCAACGCCUACAUCGUGAGCGCUCGCGUUGCGUCCGGAGGCGUGCCGCCGCCGCCGCCGAGGCUGAACCAGUCCGCUCCGGGGACGUAUGUGAUCGGAGAGAACGAUGGCUGCAUGGAGGGAAACUACACUGAUCCUUUCUGCAACGGGCCUCUGAAGCCCAACACUGUCUAUGUGUUUAAAUUCAGAGCUACAAACAUUCAAGGCCAGUACACAGACUCUGAAUACUCAGAUCACAUCAGAACUGCAGCUGACGGGCUGUUGACCAGAGAAGAGCAGAUCAUUCUGGGUGUUUUGCUGUCAUUCUUCUUGGUUUUGUUAUUCAUCAUCAUCAUCUGCUGCUCAGUCAAGAUUCAUCAGCGCAAGAAAGAAGGUGGAACCUACUCUCCCAGAGAGGCAGAGAUCAUAGAGACAAAGUGUAAACUGGAUCAGCUGAUCGCUGUGGCCGACAUGGAGCUGAAACAAGAAAAACUCAAUCGGUAUUCUUCCUUCUUCUUUAGACGGAAAGAGAUUUAUGUCAUUCAGCUGCUCAGCUACAGGAAGUCGCUCAAGCCCGUCAACAAGAAAUCUUUUCUGCAGCACGUAGAAGAUCUGUGUGCCAACGACAAUGCCAAGUUCCAGGAGGAGUUUGCGGAGCUGCCAAAGCUGCUGCCAGACCUGGCCACCUCAGAUGCAGACCUGCCCUGGAACAAAUCCAAGAAUCGCUUCCUCAACAUCAAACCCUGUGUGUGGUCAAGCUAAAAGGGAUUAUUUUAAUGCAAAAGUGUGCACAAUACAUCACAGCGUUUUCUUUAUUCCUCUGCUGCUCUUUUCUCYUUUUUUUUUUUUUUU